AUGGACGAAGCAACAUUCCUAAACAUGAGCCGCACACAAGGCUUCACAGCCCAAGUCAGCGCAGACCGUGCCUCAUCCCUCCUCGCACAAAUGGUCCUCCUAAACCGCAUCCUCUGCGAAAUCAACGACUUCAACAUCCAAGCCGCCAACACAACCCUAUCAACAGAGUUCAUAAUGAGCAAAAUCUCCGCCCUCUCCACCAAACUCGACGACUGGCUCGCCCACCUCCCCGCACACAUGCACGACACCCGCACCAACCUGCUCACAUUCGCAUCACAAGGCCUAGGCCAACUCUUCGUAACCCUCUACCUAGGCUACUACCACUACGGCCAAAUGCUCUUCUACCGAUUCCUGCACGAAGAUGUUCGCGGCCACGUUCCGCGAACCCAUUUCUACGCAAACAAAUGCAAAGAGCACGCUGUAUUGCUUUGCGAGAUGAUCUACAGCUCGGACGAAGUGCCUGGCUGCGACGUGCUAUACAAUAUGGUCGGACAUGUCCUUGUAAUAGCAUCGACGGUUCAGAUUCAUACGUUGCUGUUCGGGGUUGAUAAUGAGAGUAUAACACAUGCGAGACGAAGGUUGGAGAGGAAUUUCUGUAUUCUUACCCGGCUCCGUGGUCUUUGGCCUACGCUUGAUAUUUGUAUGGAGCGGCUGCAGGCUUUCCAUCGGGCUUGCGGUGACGGGGCGGCUGGAUAUACCCAACUUUGCAAUGGGCCGGCCCCUCAGAUUCAAGCCGCACACUCAAGUAUCUCCAAGUUUGAGAACUUCGGUCCUACGGGACUCCAACACCCUCAAUGGACACCAAAACUCAAAAUCUCGUGA